AUGGCGGCCACGAAACUCUGGGCGUCAGUGGCUGGCGCUUGCCUCGACUGCGACAUCGUCGCCUUGUACGCCAAGCUCGCGACGACGCCGGCGCUGGCGCUGACGGAGCUCGUGAACGUGACCGCGCUCUUGCUCGUUUCAAUUGUCGUCUACGCGGCGCUCAAAGUCGCGCCGGCGUGGGUCGCAAUCGUGCCGUUCGAGUACGGCGUCUACCGCACGCGCAUCGACGACAUGUUUGCGCCGUUUCUCAUGCUCUUCCAGAGCACCGUGCUCUGGGACCUGCUGCAGCUCGCUGGCGCGACGGCCGGCCUCGCCUCGCUAGCCGUGCUCUGCUACUCCGACCCAAACGAGCUGGUUGCAAUGAUCGAGCUCUUCUUGGGACCGCACUUGACGCCGCAUGUCCUCAUCUACCUCCCCGUUGUGCUGCACCAAGUGUUUAUCGUGCUGCGCCUCGCAGGCUUGCUCCUCCUCCUGCAGUGGACGGGCUAUGUCCUGACGCUGCCUUAUGUGCGCUACCGCCACCUUGUCAAAACCAACAGCACGUUGUAA